AUGGCACGCCGUUUCCUCUCGACGUGCAGCGUCUUGCUGCUUUCCCUGGAAGCAGUUGCGGACAACUGGCCGUUCAUGACCCUCCGAACCGAGCCGUUUCUCCCUCCUCAGGUCCAAGUCACCAAGAGCGGUCCGACAGAUCCGGGAUACAUUUUUGUCGGUCCUCGAGGCAACCAAGAACUGGGAACAGCGGCCCUUAUCUACGAUGAAGAUGCCAAUUUGGUUUACCAGGGACCCCGGGAGGUCGCCGCAAACUUCAAGGUGCAGAAACUCUUUCAUGAGGACGUGAUCACAUUUUGGGCUGGAGAGAUGACAGAUUUGGGGUUUGGAUACGGGACGGUUCACAUUCUUGACAACACCUACCGCGAAAUUUAUACCGUCAAGCUUCAACAGCAUUUCGUCGCCCCCGACGGCGUUCCCAGAGACUCGUACAUCGAUCUCCAUGAGAGCCGUAUCACGAAGCGAAACACCCUGCUAGUGACGGGCUACAAUGUGACUCAACGCGACCUCACUAGUAUCGGUGGCCGCCCCGAUGACUAUAUGCUCAAUGGAAUGUUCUUCGAAAUCGAUAUUGCGACCAACGAGAUUGUCUAUUCGUGGAGCGCGUUGGAUCAUAUCGAGGAUAUUCCCCUGCAGGGCUCGAAACAGUUUUGGUCUGAAGAUGUGGGAAGUCAAGCUAAACCAUGGGAUGCCUACCAUAUCAAUUCGGUUGAACUCAUGAAGGACGGAUACAUGAUCUCUGUCCGUCACUACUGGUCGGGCUUUUACAUCCACAACAACGGUACUGUAGGAUGGCGGCUGAACGGCGAGAUAGGCGCUGGCGACUUCCAGAUUGAUAGCGGCUCCGUUUUCUCGUGGCAGCACGACAUGCGCGUCUACAACGAGACGGCGGAGGGAUUUGUUUUGAGUUUGUUCAAUAAUGCGAAUAACCCUAGCGAGGCAGUUGCCCCGACGACUGGAAUCAGUUUGAAUGUCGACCUGGUCAACCGCAACGUGCAUGCUCUGCGCGUCCUGAACGACGAGGAUGAUGUGAUCCACAGUGUCAGCCAAGGAAGCUACCAGCUUCUGAGCGACGAAUCUUCUCAUGUCGUCUUAGGCUACGGCUCCAUCGCAAGAGUCAAGGAGUUCGACGCCAAUAACAAGGAAGUUCUGACGGUCCAAUUCGGCGAAGACAACGCGGUUGCCUCGUACCGUGGCUUCAAGUGUGAAUGGAAGGCCACCCCUUUCUGGCCUCCCGCACUGGUCGUCGAACGGGCGGGCCCGGAUUCCGUCCGGGUCUACAUGAGUUGGAACGGGGCUACCGAGUAUGACAACUUCGCCGUCUACUAUUCCUUGUAUUCCGAUGGCUCCCACAACAAAUUCAAGGCCAUGGUUAAGCGUACCGGCUUCGAAUCCACGACCGAACUGACCGGACUGCUGCCAACCGGAUACAUGCAAGCGGUUGCCCGAAAGGGCGAUGUUCCGCUUGGUACUUCCCCCGUUGUGGCGAUCAUUUCUCCCGCCGAACCGCCGGUAGCUUCUCCCACUGUAGAGGUAUAGAGAAGACAGACAAGAACGGUCGCUGGCCGCAUUCUUUUCACACCCGGUUACACCAUGGUAUCUGACGCCAUGAAUGGUCUGUGUGAUUCUGUAUAUUCGAUUCCUUGCCAUAUUUCAUUUCAUGCCUUUAUAUUCAUGUCUCAUGUACAUACGUUGGUUUUGCUCUGGGGGGGGG